GGGGGUAGUUUCCCCAGCCCCUAGCUGGGGCCCGGGCACUCGAGGACCAGGCUGGCCAUGGCGCGGUCGGGUGAUCCCGUGCGGAGGCUGUUAGCCAUCUACACUGGCGGCACCAUCGGCAUGCGGAGCCGGGAGGGCGUGCUGGUUCCUGGAAGCAACCUGUUAACUGCUCUAAGGAGGCUCCCCAUGUUUAAUGAUGAGGAAUAUUCUCGAGAACAUCAGCUACCAGCCGACAUUCUGGCCCUCCCCCUCACCAGCCAAAACCAACGGAUUCUAUAUACCAUCCUGGAAUAUGACCCACUUUUUGACUCCAGUGACAUGACAAUUAACGAGUGGAUUAGAAUUGCAGAGGACAUCAAGAGGAAUUACGAGCAGUACUUUGGCUUUGUAAUCAUCCACGGCACAGACACCAUGGCCUUUGCCUCCUCCAUGCUCUCCUUCAUUCUAGGAAACCUUCAGAAAACCGUCGUCCUCACGGGCUCUCAGGUCCCCAUCCACACUCUUUGGAAUGAUGGCCGGGAGAACCUGCUUGGUGGCUUGCUCAUGGCUGGACAGUAUGUGAUUCCAGAGGUCUGUCUCUUCUUUCAAAACCAGCUAUACCGGGGGAACCGGGUAACGAAGGUAGAUUCUCGAAGGUUUGCAGCCUUCUGCUCACCCAACCUGCCUCCACUUGCCACUGUUGGUGCUGAUAUUACAGUCAACCAUGAACUCAUUCUGAAGGCCAGUAUGAACAAACAACUUAUGGUGCACAGUAACAUGGAGAGAAAUGUUGGGGUUCUACGGCUCUAUCCUGGGAUUACUGCGGCCAUGGUGAGGGGCUUUCUACAGCCCCCCAUGAAGGGGGUGGUGAUGGAGACUUUUGGCACAGGCAAUGGACCGACCAACCCUGACAUGCUUUGGGAGCUGAAGAAGGCCACAGAGAGGGGAAUGGUCAUUGUCAACUGUACCCACUGCUUACAGGGUUCUGUGACCUCGGACUAUGCAACUGGCAUGGCUUUAUCAGGUAUUGGCAUCAUCUCUGGGUCUGAUAUGACAUCUGAGGCAGCCUUGGCCAAGCUCUCUUAUGUGCUGGGCCGGGAUGACCUCAGCCUGGAGGACAAGAAGAAGCUACUGACCAAGAACUUGAGGGGGGAGAUGACGCCCCUACCUAAAGAUGUCCGGGUCUCACUUCGGGACAGCAAGUUUGUCCAGCUCAUCGCCAACCUCCUUUACCUGAACUGCAGCCAGGACCUUGAUGCUGUAAGAGACUCUCUGACUCCUACCUUGGCCUGUGCUGCAGCCCGAAUGGGGGACAUGGAGGCCCUGGAAGCCAUCAUUGAACUGGGCGGGGACCUGAGUGAGAGUGACUUUGAUGGCCGCACCCCCCUGCACAUGGCUGCCCGGGGUGGACAUGUGGGUGCCGUCCAGUGCCUUCUGAGGAAUGGGGCAAAGGUGAACAGCUGGGACGGUGACAGGAGCAGUCCCUUGUUGAUGGCUGUGAAGGGCAGGCACAGAGAUGUCAUCAGGCUCCUUAGGGAUGCAGGUGCUCAUCUGUCUCCUCAGGAGCUUCAGGGUGCAGGGACUGAGCUCUGCAGGCUGGCUGCAAGUGGUGACAGGGAUGGGCUGAUAGCGUGGCAACAAGCAGGCGUGGACCUAUUCCAGGUGGGAUAUGACGGGCAAACCCCGCUGCAAGUUGCAGAAGCUGCUGGGAACCAAGAGUUGGUGAAUCUCCUAAGAGCACACAGGAUGGAGACCAAAUGAGAGGCACUUAGAAAGGUCUGACGUACUGUGAUGCUUCUGACAUUCAGAAGAGAAGGAGAGCAUUUGAGAACCUGCUCCCACUGAGAGCCUCCAUUGCUGGUGCUGAGCCUGCCUUCUCUCCUCCUGGUGUUAAUGGCUGGGGGAGAGAAGGCGUCAGGGAGAGAGAUGGGGGAAGGGGAGAAACUCCCCGCUUCCCACUUUUCUCUUUCCCUCCUCUACCACUGCCUCCAAAUGCCCAGGACACCCAAAUCCUUUGUGGUUUUAAGCUGCAUCGUCUGUUAAGUUAUUUCAUGCAGCCCUUUUCUGUGUCUCCUCACUGAACCUCUCUGACCCUUGACAGGUUAUUUAUACUUCCAAAACGAGAUCAGCGAACUGCAACCUACUUUAUAUUUGUAUCUUCGAUUCCAUUUCACAUUUAUUUUUAUGUUUUUUUUUUCCUAUCAGAGGCAGUAAUGUCCUUAUGAGGAUAAAGACUCACACCUGUUAGGAAUUGAUUUUUUUUUCAAGCUGAUUUGAAAGAAAAAAAGAUUUAGCAUUGGUGUUGUUUAUUACAAUGCCUGUCGUGGAGCUGGCUAAGUUUGUCCAUUGUGUUUAAUUUCAGACUACUUUGGCAUGUCCAAAGAUUUUCAAUAUAUAAAACCAUAUAAGCAUUGCAUUUUGUACUUUGAAAGUUAGUUCAUUUGGAUGGAACCAGCUUAUUGUGUGGUAAAAUUAGUUAAGAGUCACAGACUUGAAAUCACAAGAGCUGAUUUUGGUUUCUACCUUUUAUCACUUAUUUGCUGUGUGACCUUGGGUAGCUUCCCUUCCUUCCCCGUCUCUGGGUCUCAGUUUACCCAUUUCAAAAAUAAACUGAUUGGGUGAAAUGGUCUCCAAGACCCUUUUGAUUUUAACAUUGAAAAAUUUCAAUGAUUCUCUUUCUUCUUGGAGACUUGGUUUCCUCAUUCUGUAAAUGAAGAGUGGACUCAGUAGGCUCCAAAGUCCCUUCCAAUUUUAAACCUGUGGUCCUAUGAAAACUAAACUCAUCACCUUGUCCCCUAAGCCUGUCCUUUCCCAUUUCUUUUGUAUUCCUCCCUCCCAGUCACCCAGCUUGAAACAUCAGAAACGUCUUUGAUUCUUCCAUCUCUCACCCUUUAUAUCUAACUAGUUGCCAAGUUCUGUCAAUUGUAUUUCCAGUGUUUCUGCCCUACUCAGAGACCAUCCUUGUAUCAAUCCCUUACCUCUUCUCACCUCACUAUUUUAACAGCCUCUUAAUUGGUCUCCCCAGUUUCCAUCAUCUCCCUUCAAUCCAUCCUUUAUACUACUGCUUGAGUAAUAACCCCAUUUAAAAAAUUCUGAACUUAAUUAACUAAAAUGAUCAUUUCCAAAUACCCAUUAGAACAGAGAGGUUGUACAUGAAACUGCGAAUCUCUAUAAUGUACAGCUUGAUUGUUUUUUAAAAAAAUAUGUAAUAAAUUUAAUAUUACUUUUG